UAUCCUUAAACAAAACCCUAUACCCAAAGGCUGUGAACUAUAGUCAUAAUUUUGGAAGUGGCACCCUUACUCUUCAUUACCAUAUCCCUCACAUAAGUAUGCCAGAUACCCAGGAACUAUAAAUAAGAUUUGAAGAAAUAAUGUAUUAGAACUGCGCACUUCGUUUUAUAACAAAAAUACUGUUCAUACUGUUUUCAUUACCUCUCGCGCCAAGACUGCAUACGUAACAAGACACACGUGUUUCUAUCUUUCUCUGUUGGAUUGUAACAAUGUGUUUCAGGUGGAAGUAAUGGACUUAAGCGCUGCAUUAUAUCACGCCGUGGACAAUAAUGACGUCAUCAAGCUCAGACACUUAUUACAAAACGGUGCUAAUCCUAAUGAAAGAUACACUGGAGUUCCGUACGUUUCCUUCACCAUUCUUCAUUUGAGUUGCGAAAAAGGAAACUUGCAUACCACUCAAGCACUCGUGGAAGCUGGAGCGGAUGUGAUAUCGUGUGACACGUGGGGGAUGUCACCUUUGAUCCAAAGCAUCAUUUGUCAACAGAAAGAUAUCGUGGAAUAUUUAAUAUCAGAAUGUCCCUCGUCUGUGAAUUUUCCCGAUAAAUUCGGCAAGACACCACUUCAUUUUGCCAUUGAUUCUGAUAAUGUGUCUAUUGUGAUUUCAUUGAUAAGAUACAAUGCCGAUAUUAAUAAAAGAACAGUGCAGGGUGUGACUCCACUAAUUUAUGAUUGUCAGAUACCAAAGCUUACAAAAAGAGGGACUAUAGCUAAAAUUCUUCUUAAACAAGGUGCUGUCGUAGAUGCCAAAGAUGUAUUAGAUUACAGAACUGCACUUCAGAUUUCACUGACAAAGCACCAUCUGGACGUUGUACCUCUGUUGUUAAGGGCUGGAGCAGACGUCAAUACAGAAGAUAAAGGGGGUCAUACACCCUUAACUAAUUUAAUUUCGUCAUCAGUUCGUCCCUCUUGUGACGUGGUUGGUGAUGACGUUAUAGAAGUCAUGACACUUUUAAUCCAAAUGGGUGCUAACCUGAAUUCGAAUAAGAGCGAGAACAGUAACCCUCUCAUGGUUUCAACUUUGCUGAAAUCUGCUAGAUUUGUGGAGUAUUUUCUUGCUUGUGGGGCAGAUCCCAACAUUGAGUUCAUGUCUGGUAUUACCCCAUUGCUUGCUGCAACUGGAAACAGAGAUCAGAAGAUCGUACGACUUCUGUUGAGACACAACGCUAAAGUUGACCCUCCGGCCUUGGUAUCCUUCGGGAGACGAGAGAGGCGCCUAUAUGACCCUUUUGAGUUAGCUAUUGAUCUCUUACAAUGGGAUAUUGUGGAUUUACUGGUUCGAUAUGGAUAUAAUCUCUCUCAGCACAAUUAUAUGCUAAGUAUGACCUCCUCAGACGGAGUGCCCUUGGCCCUCCUCAAUAAUCCCGAUUCCCUAGACCGUUUACAGAGAAUAGCGCGUUCUGUGCCGCCACUAGAGAAAAUUGUCAUCUUAAAUGUAAGAAGGUUCCUUGGCUUUAAUCUACUGCAAAAAGUUCAAAAACUAGUCUUACCUUCUGAUGUGAAAAAUAAACUUGUGAACCUUUAAA